AUGGAAGAACAACAAGAAGACCAUAAUAAUCAGGUGGCUCUCAAGAUAGGGCUCAUAGGAGACUCGCAGAUCGGCAAGACAUCGUUGAUGGUGAAAUACGUCGAGGGAUCGUUUGAUGAAGACUACAUUCAGACACUUGGGGUGAAUUUUAUGGACAAGAAGAUACAGAUCCGCAAUACGGUGAUAACGUUCUCGAUAUGGGAUUUAGGGGGACAGAAGGAGUUUAUCAAUAUGCUUCCAUUGGUAUCGAAUGACGCGGUGGCAAUACUAUUUAUGUUCGAUCUUACUCGCAAGUCGACGUUGAAUUCAAUCAAGGAGUGGUACAGACAGGUGAGAGGGUUCAAUAAGACGGCGAUUCCGUUCUUGGUGGGGACCAAGUACGACCAGUUUAUAGAUUUACCAUACCAGGACCAGAUGGAAAUUACGCAGCAGGCCAAGAAGUUCGGUCAUGCCAUGAAGGCCCCAGUCAUAUUUUGUUCUACAAGUCACUCGAUAAAUGUUCAGAAAAUAUUCAAAAUCAUCUUGUCCAAAGCAUUUGACUUGCGAUUGAAUUUGGACGAGAUAGUCAACGUUGGCGAGCCCAUCCUCCUAUAUAAAUAG